AUGGAUCCAGUCACUCAACAUCGCAUCUCGCAAUCCCCCGGAAUUCCUCGCCCCAGUCCUACCCGCUCUUACUGGCCAGUUCCACCUUCGAAUAUCUCUCAAUGGGGUGCUCAAGAUGUACUCCCUGAGAAAGCAGACAUUGUGAUUAUCGGGAGUGGGAUCACUGGAGCGAGCAUUGCUCGCACCUUGCUUCGAGAGCUCGGAGAGAACUCUUCUGAUGUUCGAAUUGUUAUGCUUGAGGCUCGAGAAGUCUGUUCUGGGGCUACGGCUCGUAAUGGUGGCCAUAUAACUCCAGCAUGGUAUCACCAGUACCCCGAACUGGUCAAGACUUAUGGCAAAGAAACUGCACAUGAGAUAAUAAAAUUCCAAGUCUCGCAUGUUCAUAAACUACUAUCAAUUGCGGAAGAGGAUGGUCUCCUUGAGGACAGCCAAUGUCGGCUCACAGACUCAUUUGACGCUUACGUAGAUCGUACUAGAUUCGAAAUCGCUCGUGAAAACUAUACAGAAUAUAGGAAGGAAGAAGAACUUUCCUCUCUCCAUCAAGUCACCCGGCUUUACGAAGACAAGGAACAACUGCAAGCUCUUCAACUAAGCUCCUCAUUCAGUGGAGUUAUUGGGACAGUAUUUGGUACCAUGCAUGCCUACCGCUUCGUAACAGGCAUCCUCUCGCGUCUUCUUAAAUCCCAUACUGCAAAUUUUCAAAUACUCGCAAAAACUCCCUGUAUAUCAAUCACCGCAGCGUCCUCAACCUACGUUAUAGAAACACCAAAGGGUACCAUCAGAUCUGCUCACAUUGUACAUGCUACAAACGCGUGGACGUCCCAUCUUCUCCCUGGCUUCCGUCGAAAAAUUGUUCCUCUUCGCGGAGAAAUGACAUCGCAACGUCCUGGGACUGGUCUAGGAUUCGGCCAAAUCCCCCCGUCUUUGUCGACUACACCAUCAUCUAGUUCGAACUGGCAAGGCUCGCGGACGUUCAUCUUUUACACAGGUGGCAAAGACGGUAUUUUUGAUUACCUGACACAACAAAUGCAACCAUGCAAAGUGUCGUCGGCAUCAAAAUAUCCUCUUCCUCGAACUGAACUCAUGUUUGGAGGAGGCCUUGCUUUCAAUCCCGAACUUUUCUGCGCUCAACUCGGGAACACCGAUGAUACACAAAGUAUCCCUGAGCUAAGCACAUAUCUAUCUAGUGUCCUUCCUUGUUACUUUGGCGAAAACUGGGGGGAUGAUGCUGAGUCUUCUGAAGAAGAUGACAGACUGAACUGGGGAAAGGGUCGUACCAAGGCUUCUUGGAGUGGGCUCAUUGGACUAUCUGCUGAUUCUAAUCCUUGGGUGGGUCGGGUACCCGCUAGUCUCGCUGAAGGAAGGAAAUUAGAGGUAGACAAAUCCCAAGCAGGUUUAGCUGAUGCGGGAGAAUGGGUGUGCGGAGGCUACAGCGGAGAGGGCAUGGUAAAUGCCUGGAAGUGUGGAGCUGCUCUGGCCCACAUGAUUCUAGGGAGAUGUGAAUGUCCGGAAUGGCUUCCAGAACCUUAUACGGUAUCUUUAGAACGACAUGCGAAAGCAAAGCUGGACGAUGUCUUGCAAUCCUAUAUAUGA